CCCUUUCUGAGAAACGAGGGAUAAAUUUUCCAGAGAUUAAAAAAUAUAUUUAUAUUCUGUCUAUAUAUCUAUCUAGUCAUAGCUUUCCUUGUGAUGCCCAUCCCUAGCUUAUAUAAGGUUUGUACUUCACACAUACCAACUUUGGUAAGCAAGAAAAACUUCAGUGUAAAAGGGCAGAAGGAAAAGGGGAACCAGCCUAACAAUGGGAGCUGUCCAAAAGAGAAAUGGACUACUUUGAGGAGGUAUUGGGAUCUCUCUCUCCUUUUCUUCAGGCUGAAGAAUGAAUGAUCACUUGACCAGAGUUCUGAAAAAGGAUUCUUGUUGAAGUAUGGGAUGAAGCACAUUCAGAAAUACACGGAUCAGUUACUCAAAGCUUAAACCCUCCUCUUAUCAUCAUCACCGUUCUUUGUUUUUUACUUGAAAUUCUGGAAACCAAAUAAUUUUCAGACUAUUGUGAACACUGAAAGCUAGAUUCCCCUUGUUGAUGGAAAUGCCACAAAAUCCAAGAGGAGAAAACACUUUGAUUUCUACCCAGCCAUUUGUUUUUUCUAGCGUAUCCCCUUCAGUUGAGAAUGGAUUUGACAUCAACUCCCCAGGCACAAAAGAGAGAUGUCACACACCCUUGAGCAAUGGCACUGUACUUUCAAAUACUAACAGUCCCUUGGACUCCUGCAUGCAACCCCUCUGCAAUGUCACAUCUGGUAAAUCUAGCCCCUGUAGUGAAGAAGUCAAAUAUGUGUCUGCAGAGGGAGAAAACAUUUCCUGCGGCUGGGGGGCUUUCGCCCCCGAUUGUUUACAAUUUUUCAACACGCCCAAAGGAAUACUCUUUUUCCUCUGCAUGGCUUCCUUUCUGCAGGGAAUGACAGUGAAUGGCUUCAUCAACACCAUCAUUACCUCCAUCGAACGUCGCUAUGAUCUCCACAGUUACCAGAGUGGGCUUAUUGCCAGCUCCUAUGACAUAGCAGCUUGUGUCUGUCUGACCUUUGUCAGCUACUUUGGAGGCACGGGACACAAACCUCGGUGGCUUGGGUUGGGGGUACUGGUGAUGGGGCUUGGCUCCUUUCUCUUUGCCUUGCCUCAGUUUACCACUGGUCAUUAUGAAGUGAACUUCUCAGAAGAGUUUGGAACGUGUGGCUCAAGUCAAAAUGUGUCCUGUACGGAAGGUACCUCGAGUCUCUCCAACUACAUGUUUGUCUUCAUGCUUGGACAAUUCCUUCACGGGAUUGGUGCAACCCCACUGUACACUCUGGGAGUGACUUACCUUGAUGAAAAUGUCAAGUCAAACUAUUCUCCAGUCUAUAUUGCAAUUUUCUAUACAGCUGCAAUUCUUGGCCCUGCGGCAGGUUACCUGACUGGAGGUGCACUGCUGAACAUUUACACUGAAAUUGACAGACCGACUGAGCUAACUACAGAAAACCCUUUGUGGGUGGGAGCUUGGUGGAUCGGGUUCCUGGGGGCUGGAGCAUCUGCUUUCCUCAUUUCUAUCCCCAUCCUUGGCUACCCUCGUCAACUGCCAGGAUCGCAGCGCUAUGUGGUAAUGAGGGUGUCUGAAACUCAUCAGUUAAAGAAUGGGAGCCAAAAGACAGCAUCUGAUCCAGACUUUGGGAAAACAGUCAAAGAUCUUCCUCUCUCAAUCUGGCUGCUGCUACGGAACCCUACAUUCAUCCUGCUCUGCUUAGCUGGAGCAACGGAGGCCACCCUCAUUGCUGGCAUGUCAACUUUUGGGCCCAAGUUCCUCGAGUCGCAGUUCAGUUUAAGUGCUUCUGAAGCUGCUACCUUAUUCGGUUACCUGGUGGUACCAGCAGGGGGAGGAGGUACAUUCCUGGGUGGAUUCUUCGUGAACAAAUUUAAGCUCCGCUGCUCAGGGAUUAUCAAGUUCUGCCUUUUUUGCACAUUGAUAAGCCUGUUCGCCGUAUUCAUAUUUUUCAUGCACUGUCCAAACAUGCCUGUGGCUGGUGUGACACUUAAAUAUAACGGGAGCAUCCUGCCAGAAGGCAGUAUACAGCUGUUGGCUUCCUGCAAUGAGAAAUGUGGAUGUCUGAGGGAGAUCUACAGUCCAGUGUGUGGUACAGACAAUGUGAUGUACUACUCUCCUUGCCAUGCUGGGUGCUCCACAGUGUCCAUCCUUCCAAAGGGGGGCAAGAAGGUUUACCGUAACUGUAGCUGUAUUCCUCAGCAUUUCCCCUAUCGUUUGGGUCAUGCUACAGCAGGGAAAUGCACUUCAUCUUGUCAGAGAAAGUCCCUUCUUCUGGUUUUCGUAUUCGUUGUAAUUUUAUUUACAUUCCUAAGCAGCAUUCCUGCUUUAACUGCAACUUUACGGUGUGUCUCUGACCGGCAGAGAUCCUUUGCACUAGGAAUUCAAUGGAUUGUUGUACGCACUCUAGGUGGAAUUCCAGGCCCAAUUGCCUUUGGCUGGGUGAUUGAUAAAGCUUGCUUACUCUGGCAGAACCAAUGUGGAGAUCAGGGAUCCUGCUACAUUUAUCAGAACUCUGCUAUGAGCCACUAUAUUCUUAUUGCUGGAAUUGUUUACAAGGUGCUUGGGAUCAUUUUCUUUGGCUCGGCCUGUUUGCUGUAUAAGCCACCAAGAGGGUCCCCAGACUCUGCAGUAGCAUCUCCUCCUAGCAGUUCAAGUGCUUCUGAAAACACCACUGACCUCCAAGAGCAUGGCUCUGCCCUACAAACCCAGAACAGCGUUUAAAUAUCACACUGUCACUCCAUCUCAGCCCCAUAUCCCACUGUAUUAUUGAAAUUCCCACUUAAUUUCAUCACUUACAUCUGUAACCAAUAGCUUUGGGUUUCCUUGGAAGGGCUAACUAAACACUUAACCUGUUCUUAACAAAACUGAUUAACCAAUCUGAUGUGCUCCAAUCUAUUUUAAAAAGCACAUAUUGGAUGCUCGUGUUUCAGAGUAACUUGAGACAACAAUAUUGAGACAACUGAUGGUUUGGAUUUCCUCAGUGAAGAAAACAAAAGUUGUCCUAAUCAUUUGCAAGCAUGAAGUGAGACGGAAGGGAAGGAUGAGUCCAGUUCUGGACGUAGAAGAAAAAGCACAAAGUUCCUCUGUUCUAACUCUGCCUCCUCAAAAGAAAAGGUGGUAACAGCAGGAAGAGACUAAACAGAGGAGACAGGAAGGAAAAAAACCACCUGGACUUCAUAGGAAGGCAAGAAGAGCCUGUCUGAAUCCAGCAUCACCAUCGCCAUGCAUGACUUCCUAGUGGAUAUUCAAUGUAUGUCAUGGAUGGAUUCCUAUUUGACUUUGGGAGCAGCAGAAGGCUCAGCCAAGUCAGCACAAGGAAUAGCAGACUCCAAUUUGGUCUUCCUUACAUUCUGCCACUGCCAAAGCCUCCGAUCCUGUACCUUUUCCUAAACUCCUUAGGUUCCUCAACUGUGGUUUCUGUUUCAAAAAUUUGAAAUAGGUCAUCUUGAAAGACAUCUAAGGAUCUAUUUAGAGGCAUUGAUAGCUUUUUUUAAAAAAAAUAGAGACACAAAACAAGGAUCUAUGCAAUUUUAGAUUAGUUUUUUUUUUUUUUUUUUUUUUUAGUAUCAAAUGGCUGAGUUUGCUUGAGAGUUAUGUGUGAAUUUUAGAAUUUGUUGUUGGAAUAUUUUUUUCAGAGAAGAGGAAGACUUAGUUUGGUGGUUUCCUCAUAUGCUCUUUGAUAUGUAGACUUUUUAAAAUUGUGUUUUUUUUAUUGAAUCUUAUUGGUGAAUGUAUGAAAUUAUUAUUCUCUCUUGGAAAAAAACUACUGAUGAGAUAUGUAGUAAGAAGAUAGAGCCAAAUUCUACUCUCCUUUGUCUCUGUUUCUCUGUAUCUCUGUGUCUUUCUGUCUCUGUCUCUCUCUGUCUCAUCUUUCUGUCUCUGUCUCCCUCAGAUUUGUACGCAUAAGCACAAUUUAUAUUUAUUUGUGAAGAUAUUACCCAUUAUGACUUCAAUCCCAUGUGUGACGAAGGAAACUUUUCUACAUACAGAUAGACCCUCUGAAUGCCCCUUUAAAAAAAUCAGACCAUUGAAUCAAGUAACAAUCCAUUAUAGCUUCAGUUAUCUGUAUAGAUUGCCUGCCCUUUGAUUUUAUGUGUAUGUUCUAACAAAGAAAGGCUUAAAGCAGUUAAAUACAGCACCAUGAAAAAAGUU